AUGAACAACGUCGACGCCUCGGACCACUACGAGGUCUCCUCGCACGAGACCACGCCUUCCCUCCUUUCCAUCGUCAUCGACACGAACCCCCGAGCCUGGGCUGCUCUCAACGACGUCCUCCCGCUCUCCAAGGCGAUCGCGAACAUCCUCGUCUUCGUUAACGCACACCUCGCCUUCAGCAAUGCGAACCAGGUCGCCAUCAUAGCCUCGCACAGCAACCGCGCAGUAUGGCUCUACCCCACGAAACCCGAGCCCUCGGGCGCCUCGAACGGCACGUCUGAAGACGUCGACAUGACGGACGCCUACGCGCCGACCCCCAACAAAGCUUCAGCGAACAAGUUUCCCCAGUUCGCACAGAUCGAAACGGCUGUCCUGGCAGCAGUGCGAGCACUCGUCAACGCUACCACCGAAGCUGAUCUGGCCUGUACGACAACGCAGCUCUCAGGCGCGCUCACGCUUGCGCUGUCGCACAUCAACAAGACCUCCAUGGCACUAAACGAGACGAAAAAGGCGCCAGAGGGCACUCGCACAACCUCUUCCGCCCUCAGCCGUCUACGGGCCCGCAUCUUCAUCCUCUCCGUAUCCGACUCGGAGCCGGUUCAGUACAUAUCUACAAUGAACGCGGUUUUCGCGGCCGCCCACUCCCAAAUCCCCAUCGAUACCCUCGCCUUGUCAGGCGACGCAACAUUUCUUCAACAAGCGAGCUACAUCACAGACGGAACGUUCAUGCAGGCGACCAGCCCUAGGGGAUUGCUGAGCUACCUUAUGUUCGCCUACUCCGCCGACGCUGAGGCUCGAUCGUCAUUAAUCCCGCCCACACACCACACGGUCGACUUCCGCGCCGCCUGCUUCUGCCACGGCCGAGUCGUCGACACGGGCUUCGUCUGCAGCAUCUGUCUUAGCAUAUUUUGCGACGUGCCCGAAAACUCGGAAUGUCUCACGUGUGGUACCAAACUCGCUCUUGGAAGCUACGGCGCUAAGCCCGCUGUCGUUCCGAGGAAGAAGAAAAAGAAGAAGAAGGUGCUGGCUAAUGGCAACAUCAGGGAGGAGACAGGCACCCCUGGAGGCACUCCGCGUCCAGGAUAA